AGAAAGUCCGCAGUCUGCUAACUAGUGUGCGUCUUCUGUGAACAUCGGGGAAAAAGGGGGCAAAGGGUUUGGGGAUGGAGGGACGAAGGGUUGUCGUCUCAGCUCUGCAGUUUGCUUGCGUCGAUGACGUCUCUGCUAAUGUUGACAAAGCAGAAAAGCUGGUUAGAGCUGCUCAUGGGAAGGGUGCAAAAAUCAUUCUUAUUCAAGAACUAUUUGAAGGAUACUACUUUUGUCAAGCACAAAGGGAGGACUUUUUUCAUCGAGCCAAGCCUUAUAAAGGUCAUCCUACAAUCUUGAGGAUGCAGAAAAUUGCAAGAGAGUUGGGAAUAGUGAUACCAGUCAGCUUCUUUGAAGAAGCAAACAAUGCCCAUUACAAUUCAAUAGCCAUAAUUGAUGCUGAUGGCACUGACUUGGGACUCUAUAGAAAGUCUCAUAUCCCAGAUGGACCAGGCUACCAGGAAAAGUUCUACUUCAACCCUGGUGAUACUGGCUUUAAGGUUUUCCAAACUAAAUUUGCAAAAAUUGGAGUUGCAAUAUGCUGGGACCAGUGGUUUCCAGAGGCAGCCCGAGUUAUGGUUCUUCAAGGUGCAGAGAUAUUGUUUUACCCUACUGCUAUUGGCUCUGAACCUCAAGAUGACGGGCUUGAUUCUCGUGAUCAUUGGAAGCGGGUAAUGCAAGGGCAUGCUGGAGCUAAUGUGGUACCUCUAGUAGUUUCCAACCGUAUUGGGAAGGAGAUAAUCCAGACAGAGCAUGGAAAUAGUGAAAUCAAAUUCUAUGGCAAUUCAUUUAUUGCAGGACCAACUGGAGAAAUUGUUGCAUCUGCUGACGAUAAAGAGGAAACCAUUCUUGUAGCACAGUUCGAUCUAGAUAAAAUUAAAUCCAAGAGACACAGUUGGGGAGUAUUUCGGGAUCGACGCCCAGAUUUAUACAAAGCGCUUUUGACAUUAGAUGGCAACAAUUGCUCGGCAUGACCAUCACUUGUGUCAUUUGUACUAAUUGUAGAGGGAAGGAAGAAGAACAUGGAGGGGCUGCACAGCAGGCACUCGUCGAUGAGUGCCUUGAGCUCAUUGAUGAGUAGAUAUCGAGAGACAGAAUUUCUCAGAAUUGAAGAUUCAUCGACGAGAGUAUGGACACAUCGACGAGUGGUCUUCUUCGUAUCGUCGACGAAGCCUUGUACUUGUCGACAAGUGUCACUUGGGCCACGAAGAGAAAUUCAAAAUUUGAAUUUGGACGUUAUGGUAGUUGAGUAUUUGGAGGGAAACCUCUGAGAAACUUCUAUUUAUGUAUUUCUGAAUGUAUUUUGUUUAUAGAGAACUUUGUAAAAUUUGUGUAUUGUUGUUCUUCACAUUAUAGUGAAUAUUGAGUGCCAUUUGUUUUAUUCUUAUGCGAUAAAUUGUUGUUUCCCAUC